GGGAGGUUUCUCCUUCUCCGGGCCAGCUCUGCUUCUCUUGUGCUCUGUUUCUGGUGAUGGAACAGUGAAACUGCUCGGAAAGGUGUCCAAGAUCUCGGCUUUUUGGGUCGCCGGUGAUGGAGAGGCAUCGGUGCAAGCAGUGCUAUAGGCGGUUCGCCAGCGGGCGUGCCCUCGCCGGGCACAUGCGCUCGCACUCCGUGGCGGCCAAGGGCGGCCGCCGUGGGUUUCCUCCGUCUCCUUCCGUGUCCUCUUCGUCUCCCGCGAAGGGGUGGGUGGUUGGCGCGGAGAGUGGCAAGAGGUUAGGGGCUGAGGUGCCGUCCUCCGGGGAGAGCGACGCCGUGUCGUCGCUGAGCCGCCGGCCGAAGCGCUCGCGCGGCGUCGACGCCGCGGAUGAGGUGCACAGCUCCGUGUCCGAUGGGUCGGCUGAGGAGGACGUCGCUCGCUGGCUGAUGAUGCUGUCGCGCGACGCGUGGUCCAGGUGCGAGGCGAAGGGUGGGCCGGAAACCAGCGGAUCCAGAUCGCCGCCGCGCAUGCUGAUGGAGUUCCAGUGCGAAACGAGCUGGGCGGCGGGUUGCCAUUCUCAGAAAGCUCCCUGCGGCCACAGCGCCAGCCACAAGAGGGGCGGGGGCAAGCGCGUGGCAGUUCCCGACGAGGAUCCCGCAGCCGCCGUCAGACAAGAACAAAAGCUCUGGGAAUGCACCUAUUGCCACCGGGUGUUCCGCUCCGGCCAGGCCCUCGGUGGCCACAAAAGAUCCCACCUUUUCCCCUCCUCCGCCAUCCUCGCCACCAUCACUUCGCCGGAAACACCUCUUCCUCGUCCACGCCCCGCCUUUACCGCAGCAAACACCGCGGCUUCCAACGACAACGAGACCAGAACCGGCAUAGAUCUCAACCUCCCAGCUCCGCCUUAGGAAGAGGCGGAACUCUCGGCGCUCUCCGUGGCGAUAGAUUUGGCCAGCAAAUGAAGCGAACGACGAUCAAAGACGCCAUUUUGGGGGCAAUUCUAGUGCGCUAAACGUCAAAUUUCAUCAGAAAAAAAACUUGAUCUUCGAAAA